GAGCCCGGAGCACCCUCGGCCGCCGCGCUUCCCUCCGCCCUCCCGUCGCCCUCGGCCCCGCCGCUCGGCACCAUGCCCGUCGUGGACGAGCUCCUGCUAGAGGAGGCGUUGCAGGACAGCCCGCAGACUCGCUCUUUACUGAGUGUGUUUGAAGAAGAUGCCUGCACUCUCACAGAUUACACCAACCAGCUGCUGCAGGCCAUGCAGCGUGUCUACGGAGCUCAGAAUGAAAUGUCCCUGGCCACUCAACAGCUUUCUAAGCAACUGCUGGCAUAUGAAAAACGGAAUUUUGCCCUUGGAAAAGGUGAUGAAGAAGUAAUUUCUACACUCCACUGUUUUUCCAAAGUGGUGGAUAAGCUUAAUGUUCUCCAUACAGAACUGGCUAAACAUUUGGCAGACACAAUGGUUCUCCCUAUUAUUCAAUUUCGAGAAAUGGAUCUUACAGAAGUAAGCACCUUAAAGGAUCGUUUUGGACUCGCCAGCAAUGAGCAUGACAUCGCAAUGGCAAAAUAUAGCAGGCUUCCUAAAAAAAAGGAGAAUGAAAAGGUGAAGAAUGAAGUUGUUAAAGAGGUGGCAGCUGCACGGCAGAAGCAGCACUCCUCGGCCCUUCAUUAUUACCGGGCUCUCAACAUACUGCAGUACUCAAAGCGUAUGGCCGUGAUGGAGCCCAUGAUAGGCUUUACCCAAGGACAGAUUAACUUUUUUAAGAAGGGAGCAGAGAUGUUUUCCCAAAGUAUGGACAGCUUUUUAUCCUCUGUUACAGACAUGGUUCACAGCAUCCAGGUGAACCUGGAAGGUGAAGCUGAGAAGACACACAUGUUUCUGCAAGAAUUACUUAUAGCUGAUAAAUCUGUUUACACUCCAGACUUUGACGUGUCUGCACCACAGAUCAACAGGAACCUCAUCCAGAAAGCUGGAUACCUUAACCUUAGAAAUAAAACGGGGCUGGUCACCACUACCUGGGAGAGGCUUUACUUCUUCACUCAAGGUGGGAACCUCAUGUGUCAGCCGAGGGGCGCGGUGGCUGGAAGUUUGAUCCAGGACCUGGAUAAUUGCUCGGUGAUGGCGGUAGAUUGUGAAGACCGACGAUACUGCUUUCAGAUCACCACGCCCAAUGGAAAAUCGGGAAUAAUCCUCCAAGCAGAAAGCAAAAAGGAAAAUGAAGAGUGGAUAUGUGCAAUAAACAACAUCUCCAGACAGAUCUACCUGACUGACAACCCAGAGGCUGUCGCCAUCAAACUGAAUCAGACGGCUCUCCAAGCAGUGACUCCCAUUACAAGUUUUGGAAAAAAGCAAGAAAGCUCAUGCCCCAGCCAGAACCUGAAAAAUUCAGAGACGGAAAAUGACAGUAUUGUUCCCAAAGCAAGCGUCAGUAUAGCUGAAGCUGAACAACUCAUUGCACCUGGAACACCUAUUCAGUUUGAUAUUGUACUUCCUGCUACAGAAUUCCUUGAUCAGAACAGAGGGAGCAGGCGUGUCAACCCUUUUGGUGAAACUGAGGAUGACACAUUUCCAGAAGCAGAAGAUUCUCUCUUGCAACAGAUGUUUAUAGUUCGAUUUUUGGGAUCGAUGGCAGUAAAAACAGACAACACUCCUGAAGUAAUUUAUGAAGCAAUGAGACAAGUGUUGGCUGCUCGGGCGAUUCAUAACAUCUUCCGGAUGGCAGAAACCCAUCUGAUGGUAACCAGUCAAAACCUGAGGUUGAUAGAUCCUCAGACUCAAGUAACAAGAGCCAAUUUUGACCUUACUAGUAUCACCCGAUUUGCUGCUCAUCAAGAAAACAAGAGACUGGUUGGCUUCGUGGUCCGCAUACCUGAGUCCACAGGUGGAGAGUCUCUGAGCACUUACGUUUUUGAAAGCAACUCUGAAGGCGAAAAGAUAUGUUAUGCUAUUAAUUUGGGAAAAGAAAUUAUCGAGGUUCAGAAGGCACACGCCCUGGUUUCAGAAUGCUGACAAUCGCUUGUGGACUGUACUCUCGAGGCAUUGAUACUGAGACUUGGGAGGGAAACAGUAAGAAAUGGUUGACAACAUUCCUACCCAUCUACAAUGUUAUGUUAGGUGCUUUGUGGUAAGUUCUUGUCUUAGAUUUUACUGUUCAAUGCUCAGAAUGUAAGUUAAAAAUGCAUUGUUCACUUUAUUUGAAUGUCAUCUCUUUCCAGUUUCCAGUAUCCUUUUUAAAAAUGGCAAAAACCUAGAUUUGAUAUACUAAAUAUUUCCUAUUAAUAUGAUCUAUUUUUGUAUUUUACUUAGUGAGCUUUAAGUGCCUGUCAUUCUGAAGACUAUUUAUAAUCAAGUUGUCUUAUAAUUGGACCUAAUAGUAUUAAUUUGUGCUGUUAGGUGAUGAGCCCUUGAGGCCCAAACAGUAGCAGAAAUGCAGGAGUAGUUUUGAUAAUUCUUCCAGACAUCAUGCAAUAAAAAGACUAGCACCUAAUAGCCAAUGAGUACUAUGAAGUGUGUUUAAUUUUACAUUGGAGCCUUAAUGAGCCAGCAUUCAGAAGUUUACAGUUCUCUUGGAUAUUUCAGGGUGGUGUCCAGUUCUGAGUCAGACCCUCCUCAAGGAAGGGACCAAUUAAUUUUAAAACUCACUGUUGAAGCACAGCUGGUAUGGAGUUUGGCAUAAAGUUCUUAUUUCCACCCUGACACAUCUAGUUCCUGGCAUCCCAGCUCACUCUGUCAUCCCCUUACCUGUGAAAUCAAUAUAAUAAUCUUGACUUGAUAUGGUAUGUUCAGUAAUAAUGAAGUUCAACAGAGUAUCAUUGUCUUUGUAAUGAAUUAAUCAAGCAAUAAAUGCUAGCAAAUAAAAAAGUAUAACUCAUUACUUUCUUUUACUUUUUGUGGUUAUUUUCUAGAAUAGCUUACAUAGUUAAUUUCCCCCAAAACUGGGGCAUAAUGAAAUCACAGCAGAGGAUAUACUAUCAAAAAACACUUCUAUUCAGCAUGAGUAGAAAUAUGUGAUCCCACUGCAAAGUUUUAAAAGGUGUUGCUUUUUAAACAGCUUAUGAGUAAAACUACCCCAGGGUAAAAACCCCCAUGAGUAAAAACUGAAAAGGAACCCAAACCUACACUGUGUAGGCAUUUAUCAGCCAUUUUAAAAAGGAGUAAGUUCUUAACCUUAACAUAGUAAAGCAUGAUGACAAGCCCAGAGCUGACGCAUACUCAACAAUCAGCAGCUGAAAGCUUUUUUUCUAAGCUCAGGAAGAAGACAAGACAAGACUUACUCAACAUAGUACCGGAAGUCCCAGCCACAGCAAGUAGGGAAGAAAAAGAAAAGGCAUCCAAAGCAGAAAGGAAGUAAAACUGUUAUUUCCAGAUGACAUUAGAUAGAAAACCCUAAAGACUGUACCAAAAAAAUCUUAGAACCAAUGAACAAAAGUAAAGUUGCAGGAUACAAAAUCAAUAUACAGAAAUCAGUUCCAUCUCUAUAUUGUAAUAAAUAAAAUAAAACAGGCGUGCCAGUAGCACAGUAAGUUAGCACAUGGUACUUGUACAGAAAUUAUGAAGACAAACCCAAUUAUAAUUGCAUCAAUAAGAGUAAAAUACCUAGGAAUAAAAGUAACCAAGCAAGUGAAAGAUGAAUACAAUAAGAAUAAGAUGCUGAUAAAGGAAACUGAAGACAACACAAAUAAAUGCAAAGAUAGUUCAUGCUCAUAAACUGGAAGAAUAUUAUUAAAAUAUCCAUAUUACCCAAAGCAAUCUACAGAUUCAAUGCAAUCCCUAUCAAAAUUCCAAUGGUAUUUUUCACAGAAGGACAAUCUUAAAAUUUGUAUAGAAUCAUAAAAACUCUGAAUAGCCAAAGCAAUUUUAAGAAAAACAAAGUUGGAGGCAUUGUGCUCCCUGAUUUCAAACUAUAUCACGAAAGCUAUAAUAAUUAAAACAUUAUGGUGUGGACAAAAACCACAUACAGAUCAGUGGAACAGUACAGAGCUCCCAGAAAGAAACACCUUAGGUGUCCACUUACAACAAAGAAGACAAGAAAAUACAAUGGGAGAAGUCCUCUUUAAUAAUUGGAAAACUAGACAGCCACAUAUGAAAGAAUGAACCAGGACCAGUAUCUUACACCAUACACAAAAACUACCCCAUAAUGGAUUUAAGAGUUGAACAUUUAAGACCUGAAACCCUAAGAUUCCUAGAAGAGAACACAGGCAGGGCUUAUGUAAGCUCCUGCCAAGGUGUGUGGUGGUGCUUUUUUGGAUUUCACAACGCUCUGUGAAGCUGUCUUCAGCCUCUGCAGUGUGGGUUCGAUCCCCG